AUGGGCCGCCUUUCUUCUCCAGCUUCCAGCAGCAACAGCUUCGAGCCCCGGGGCAGCAGCUCGAGCUCUUCAGGUGUACGUACACCCCAAGAGCCACCCCACGCUGACCCUUUGCUGCCUCCUUACGGGGGGGCCCUGGUGGCCACAGAGGACCAUGGGGGCCCCCUGGGGGCCCCCCAGGGGGCCCCGGGGGGGCCCCUGUUGUCCCCUCUGGAGGGGCCCGUGAAGGACGGCGUGGAGGGCUUCUUCCUCGAGAGGGGCCCCCGGGGGGCCCCCAGGAGGGGCCCCCUCAGGAGCCAGGUGGGGGGCCCCCUGUUGGCUCUCGCUGCUCUUGGGUUGAUUUUUGGGGCCCUAGUGGCUGGACUUCGCCGGCGGCAGGGGGCCCCUGCUGCAGCAGCAGCAGCAGAAAAGGGCGCUCUGACAGCAGCAGCAGCAGCAGCAGCAGCUCGCGAGGAGUUUGGCUCCGGGGCAUUUCCUUAUCUGCUUGACGAGGAGGGGAGACACCGCACUGCAGCAGAAGCAGCAGCAGCAAGAAGAGCAGAAGCAGCAGCAGCAGCAGCAGACGACGAGAAGGCAGCCUUGACAGCAGCAGCAGCAGCAGCAGCAGCUCGCGAGGAGGCCGGCUCGUUGCCUUACCCUUUUUGGAUUGACGGCGGUGAACACCCCACAGCAGCAGCAGCAGCAGCAGCAGCAGCAAGAGCAGCAGCAGCAGAGGCCGAGUCCGAGGACUCCUCGCUGGCAGCAGCAGCAGCAGCAGCUCUGGAGGAUUCGGAGUCUCCGCCAUUUUACUUUACUUUGAGCGAAGAAGGCUCGCACUCCACAGUAGCAGCAGCAGAAGAAGCAGCAGCAGCAGGAGCAGCAGCAGCAGCAGCAGGGGAGGAAGCAGUUUCGCCGAGCGGAGCAGCAGCAGCGCCGACUGCAGCAGCAGCAGCAGCAGCAGCACGGGAGGAGAACGGCUACACAGUGUUCCCCUUUGUGUACGAAGACGAGGAGAGACACCCCACAGCAGCAGCAGCAGCAGCAGAAGCAGCAGCAGCAGAAGCAGCAGCAGCUGACGCAGCAGCAGGGGCGGGCGCGCUGACAGCAGCAGCAGCAGCAGCAGCAGCACGGGCGGAACUGGGGGAGACUUUGCCUUCGCUGCACUUGGAAGAAGGCCCGCUGCAGCCAACUGCAGCAGCAGCAGCAGCAGCAGCAAGAGCUGCUGCUGCUCCCUCGUUCUUCCCGCUGUUUCUGUCUCCGCAGGGGCCCCUCUGCGAGGCCUUCAAGGAACAUUUUGCUGCUGCUUCGCUGCAGCAGUUCGUGGCCCGCAGCCAGCAGCAGGGCUUCCUGGGGGGCCACGAAGAAGCUCUUGUCUCUUUUUAUUCUUUUUAUUUGGAGACAAAAGAGCCUCAGGCUUUUCAAGAAAGUCCCAAAACUGACAGAGAAAGGAGACAGAGGGACUGGGCCCUCUUCCGCAUGCACCAGGCGCUGCUGCACAGCCACGAAGCUGCUGCGCUCAACAGACUCAAGGAACUGUCUCUUUCCAGCAGCAGCAGCAGCAGCAGCAGCAGCAGCAGCAGCGAGGCCGCGGGCAGCGCGGAGGCCCCCGGCGCCGCGCAGCAGCAGCAGCAGCAGCAGCAGCAGCAGCAGGAGCAGCGGGAGCAGCCGGGGAGCCCGGAGCAGCAGCGGGCGGAGCGGGAGCAGCAGCUGCUGCAGCGGCAGCAGCAGCUGCUGCAGCGGGAGCAGCAGCUGCUGCAGCAGCAGCAGCAAACGGCGGAAAUCAUGGAGGAAGUGAAGCAAGCUGCGCAGCUGCGACUCGAAGCAGCAGCAGACUGGCUCCUCUAUCAUCUGGAAGCAGGACUAAACCCUGAAGAAGAGUUGGGGCCCCCCGUUCAUACCCUUUUGAGGGCCCAAGAGGUCUUUUACUUGAAGCUGCUGCGCAGCUUGGGGGCCCCCCUGGGGCCCCACAGCAGUACCCACUUCACGGGGGACCCGCGGGAGGUCUACCGCUGGACCAUCCGCGAGUUCUUCCCCGAAGAGGACAGCUGGAUGCAGUACUUGCUGCCUUGA